AAAAUUAAUAGAGAAAAUUCCCAACUUUCUGGUAUUCAUAUUUUUGGAUUCGAUAUUGAAAUUUUACAUCAAAUACGAAUUGAAAAAUUCAAAGAAUUAUCUACUGCAAAAACUAUCACUAAU